AUGGCGUCCAAGUCUUCCAAGAUCGGCCACGGCCUGGCCAAGGUCCUCGCCAUCAACCUCGACGAGCGUCAGGCACAGAAAGACGCAGUCACCAGGGGCGAGUCCACAUAUUCCGUCAGUACUGCUGACUCUUACAUCGAGGAAGAGCCAAGAACUAUCGACUGGAUCAGAGAAAUCGUUCCCUCUGGCGGUGACAUGCUGUACUAUUUCCGCAGUCUGUUCCCCUUCACCCAUUGGAUUCUCCGCUACAAUGUCCAAUGGUUGAUCGGCGACUUGGUUGCUGGCAUCACAGUCGGCGCCGUCGUCGUGCCGCAGGGCAUGGCCUACGCCAAACUCGCCGAGCUCCCGGUCGAAUAUGGUCUUUAUUCCUCCUUUAUGGGGGUCUUGAUCUAUUGGUUUUUUGCCACCUCCAAAGAUAUCACCAUAGGCCCGGUGGCGGUCAUGUCCACCAUCACCGGCAAUGUCGUCAACAAGGUCACGGCAGCACACCCAGAUAUCCCCGGCCACGUUGUUGCUUCGGCUUUGGCCAUCAUUGCGGGCGCCAUCAUCUGCUUCAUUGGGCUUGUCCGGUGCGGCUGGAUCGUGGAUUUCAUCCCAUUGACCGCCAUCUCGGCCUUCAUCACCGGUUCUGCCCUCAACAUUGCGUGCGGUCAAGUGCCCACCCUGAUGGGCAUCAAGGUCAAAGGCUUCAAUACUCGCGCCUCCACCUAUUUGGUGAUCAUCAACACUCUCAAGUAUCUCGGCCACACCAAACUCGACGCCGCCAUCGGGUUAACGGCAUUGUUCCUCCUCUACCUCAUCCGAUUCACCCUGAACCGUUGUGCAAAGAAGUACCCCAACCGGGCGAAGCUGUUCUUUUUCCUCAACACGCUGCGGACCGCGUUUGUGCUGUGCCUGUACAUUCUAGUCAGUUAUCUCGUCAACCGACACCACCGGAAGAAGCCCAAAUUUGGCGUCCUGGGCCACGUGCCCCGUGGAUUCAAACACGCGGCGGUGCCGACCAUUGACACGACCAUCAUCAGCUAUUUCGCCGACCAACUUCCCGCGUCUGUCAUUGUCAUGCUCAUUGAACAUAUCGCCAUCUCCAAAUCUUUUGGUCGGAUCAACAACUACACCAUCAAUCCCUCGCAGGAAUUGGUUGCCAUUGGCGUCACAAACCUGCUUGGUCCUUUCCUGGGGGCAUAUCCCGCGACGGGUUCGUUCUCUCGGACUGCCAUCAAGUCAAAGGCCGGUGUGCGCACGCCUUUCGCCGGUGUCAUUACUGCCAUUGUGGUGCUCUUGGCCAUCUACGCUCUCCCGGCCAUGUUCUUUUACAUCCCCAAUGCUGGACUUUCCGCCGUCAUCAUCCAUGCUGUCGGUGAUUUGAUCACCCCUCCCAACACUGUCUACCAGUUCUGGCGCGUCUCACCGCUGGAAGUGCUCAUCUUCUUCGCGGGUGUGCUGGUGACCGUCUUCUCGUCCAUCGAGAACGGUAUCUAUACCACCAUCUGUGUCAGCGCCGCCGUCCUGCUCUUCCGUGUGGUCAAAGCACGGGGUCACUUUGUCGGAAAGGUCAAGAUCCAUUCGGUCAUUGGUGACCAUUUGCUUGAAGACAAAUUCCAUGACAAACCUCGCGUGCCCGAAGACGAUGAGGCCACGCGAAAUAUCUUCCUUCCCUUGGACCACAACGACGGCUCGAAUCCGUCCAUCCAUGUCGAGUCCCCGUACCCGGGAAUUUUCAUCUAUCGAUUUAGCGAGGGCUUCAAUUACCCCAACGCGAACCACUACACCGACUAUCUUGUCCGGUAUAUCUUUGAGCAUACGCGCAGGACUAAUCCGGACUCGUGGCCACGCCCGGGUGAUCGCCCGUGGAACAACCCUGGCCCGCGACGGGGCAAGUCAGAGCCGGACCGAUCUCACCUGCCGACCUUGAAAGCUGUCAUCCUGGACUUCUCGUCGGUCAACAACGUCGACGUCACCAGUGUUCAGAAUCUGAUCGAUGUCCGCAACCAGCUUGACCGCUAUGCGAGCCCCGAAGCUGUUCAAUGGCAUAUAGCCUGCAUCAACAACCGAUGGACAAAGCGAGCUCUUGCUUCUGCCGGCUUCGGCUUCCCUACGGUGCCCACGGAAGAGCAGCACCGCUGGAAACCCAUCUUUAGCGUGGCCGAAAUUGGCGGUGCGUCAUCCGCUGCCGCGGCUGCCGAAAACGAGGCCAAUCGACGGAUGUCUCGUCUUCCCCAUGAUGAAGAGCAGGGCGGCUCUCGACCCAACAGCAGCGGAGUCUCCAAGACCGACGACAUUACGCGGGCGCAGUACAAGGACGACUCGACGACAAGUUCCAGCCAGGAUCAUGACUUGUCGAAGCAGAUUAGUAACAGCAAGGCAUAUACCCGAACGUCGACCAAGCGCGUCGCCGUGGUCCACAGCUUGAACAGGCCGUUCUUCCACAUUGACUUGACGAGCGCGUUGCAGUCGGCAAUUGCCAACGUGGAACACCAAGACCAACUGAGAGCAGCCGAGGCUGAACAGGUUGAUGAGCUUCCGGGCAAGAUUUAG